CAUACCGCUCGUAUCUUUUAACUUUCUCUCCUUCAACCAUCAACAACAUGUCGCCCUAGACUCCGGCUGUUUAAAUCCCUGUAAUUACGGUUCAUCAUACAGGCUACUUCUCCUUUCGUUAUCAUUUCAUCUCUUUGAUAUGAUUGUGGCUGGUUCCUUUGAUCAUUAAUAAGAUGUUGCGUAACGUGGUGAAAGGUGCAGCUAGGAAAGCUGUAACGGAGCUGUCCCAGUAUCCAAAGCCCGGCGAGAAACUCCAUGGCUUCACUUUGUUAAGGACAAAGCAUGUACCAGAACUCGAGCUAACUGCGCUACAUUUACGACAUGAUAAGACCGGCGCGGACUAUCUACACAUCGCUCGCGAAGAUAGUAACAAUGUAUUCUCAAUCGGCUUCAAGACGAACCCCCCGGAUGACACGGGUGUUCCCCAUAUUCUUGAGCAUACAACAUUAUGUGGUAGCCAAAAGUAUCCUAUACGAGAUCCCUUCUUUAAGAUGCUACCCCGAACCCUGUCCAAUUUUAUGAAUGCCUUCACUGCUUCCGAUCACACCUACUAUCCGUUCGCUACGACCAACGCCCAAGAUUUUCAGAAUCUGAUGUCGGUAUAUCUCGACUCGACCCUACAUCCCCUGUUGAAGGAGACGGAUUUUACUCAAGAAGGUUGGCGCAUUGGACCAGAAAACCCCAGAGUUGCGGAGAAGGAUGGAGGAACGGAUACCGAGGAUAGCAAGCUAGUCUUCAAGGGUGUCGUCUACAAUGAGAUGAAGGGCCAAAUGUCGGAUGCAGGCUACCUCUUUUACAUUCGCUUUCAAGACCAUAUCUUCCCAUCUAUCAACAACUCUGGAGGUGAUCCGCAAAAAAUUACCGAUCUGACGUACGAGCAGCUACGUAAGUUCCAUGCUGAGCAUUACCAUCCCAGUAAUGCAAAGCUUAUAACUUACGGCGAUAUGCCAUUGGCCGACCAUCUCAAGGAAAUUGAUGCCCAGAUGAAGGCAUUUGAGAAGAUACAGGCGGAUAUAGAACAUAAAGAGCCAAUCGACCUGAGUGAUGGGCCGCGUACCGUGACGGUACUUGGGCCGGUAGAUCCUCUUGCUGACCCGGAAAAACAAUAUAAAACGUCAGUAUCAUGGAUCACUGGUAAAACCAGCGACGUGUUGGAGUCCUUUUCUAUAUCUCUACUCUCGUCCCUGUUAAUGGACGGAUAUGGAUCUCCGCUCUAUAAGGGGCUCAUCGAGAGCGGGCUGGGUACGGAUUGGAGUCCAAAUUCCGGCUACGACGGAUCAGCAGCUACAGGAAUCUUCUCUAUUGGUUUAAGCGGGGUCGAGCAACCUAAUGUCGAGAAGAUUAGGGGCGAAAUUCACAACAUACUGCGCGAAGUUCGUGACAAAGGCUUUGAGAGAACGAAGAUAGAAGGAUAUCUCCAUCAGCUCGAAUUGAGUCUUAAGCAUAAAACCGCCAAUUUUGGACUUUCGGUGUUACAUCGUCUGAAAGGGAAGUGGUUUUCUGGCACCGAUCCCUUCAAUUCCUUAGCAUGGAACGAUACAGUUGCAGCAUUUGAGGCGAAGCUGGCUGAAGGAGGCUAUCUUGAGGGGCUAAUGGAUAAAUAUCUCCUUAACGACAAUACUCUUACUUUCACAAUGGCCCCUUCGGAAACAUAUGGUGCGGAGAUUGCGAAGGAAGAAGAAGACAGGCUGCUAGCUAAGAUUUCCGAAGCUGCUCAACAAGCCGGUGGAGAACAAGAAGUUCGAAAAUUCCUCGAGCAGAGAGAACUGGAUCUUCUUGUUGAACAAAACAAGACAAACACCGAAGAUCUAAGCUGCCUACCGACCGUUCACGUUAAAGACAUCCCAAGGCAGAAGGAGCCUGUCAUAGUAAGAGACGAAGCGGCACACGGCACUACUAUCCAGUGGCACGAAGCUCCUACAAAUGGACUCACUUACUUUCGAGCCAUCAAUACAUUUGAAAAUUUACCAGACGAGCUCCGAUCCCUAGUUCCGUUGUUUACAGACUCCAUCAUGCGACUGGGAACAAAGGACAUGACUAUGGAGCAGCUCGAGGAUCAAAUCAAGCUAAAGACGGGUGGUGUUUCUGUUAGCUAUUUGUCCACCGCAUCACCAACCGACUUCCGCCAGGCUUCCGAGGGCCUUCUACUACGUGGCACGGCUCUUGAUCGUAACGUACCCGAAAUGUUCGACCUACUCCGUAAGCUCAUCUUAGAGACCAAUUUUGACAGUCCAGAGGCAGCCCUUCGGAUAAGACAAUUACUCGAAGCCGCAGCUGAUGGUGUUGUGAACGACAUUGCCUCCUCCGGUCAUUCCUAUGCUCGAAGGUAUGCUGAGUCGGGUUUAACACGCGAAGGCUACUUGGCCGAGCAAGUAAGCGGCUUAUCACAGGUUAAACUCAUAACGUCGCUGGCUGGACGACCCGAGUCCGACCGAUUCGAAGACAUAAUCGAAAAACUUAAACAAAUACAGAAAUUAGCAUUAGCGGGUACUAACAUUCGCACGGCGUUAACGUGUGGCUCUGAUAGUGUUCAAGCCAAUUCUUCCGCGUUAUCCCGAUUCUUGGCAUCUCGAUCAACUGAUCCUGUCCAAUUCCCCGCUACUGGAAAGCAGACAUUUGCGAGAGAUAUCAAAGCAUUCUUCCCACUUCCUUACCAAGUCUACUAUGGUUCCCUCGCACUCCCAACUGCCUCCUAUACGUCACCACAAGGUGCACCCCUUCAAAUCCUAGCUCAACUUCUCACUCAUAAACAUCUUCAUCACGAAAUUCGUGAAAAGGGUGGCGCAUAUGGAGGCGGUGCUUACAUGAAGGGACUUGAAGGAAUAUUUGGGUUCUACUCAUACCGAGAUCCAAACCCGCUGAACACUCUUUCCAUUAUGAAGAAUGCCGGCCGAUGGGCGGUCGAUAAGAAAUGGUCCGACCGAGACCUUGAAGAGGCCAAGAUCUCAGUUUUCCAGAGUGUCGAUGCACCCAGGUCAGUGAGUGCGGAGGGUAUGCUCCGCUUCACGUCCGGUGUCACAGACGAAAUGCAGCAGAAGAGGCGUGAACAGCUUUUGGACGUUUCCAAGGAUCAAGUCCGCGAGGCUGCCCAGAAGUACAUCGUUGACGCUCUAGCAAAGGGGGAGGAAAGGAUCGCUUUCCUUGGAAAGAAACAAGAAUGGGUGGAUGACACCUGGAAUGUGAAAGAGAUUAACGUGGACAGUACCGAGUAACGAGUGAAGACAACGACAGACGAUGGAUGUAACAAUUGCCUGUACAAUAUCUACAUAUACCCAUCUCUUACGAAUUAGACGGAUUGUAUAUAGACCCAGCAUUUAUGGUCUGGUCUAUCCCGACUCGACGGUAGUCAACUAACUGCAAGGUGAAAUUUCAUAUCCAGCAAUAUGCAAUUGUGAAAUUCCAUUUCAGCGUUCAGAUACGAUACGUCUUCUUGCUCGGUGUCUCUCACAAGAGACUCCACCAUAGCAUGGAGACCACAACAAGACGCGAGACCAAAACAUAAGAGGUAAGGUCUGUGGAUAACGCCCUGUGAGGGGCUGUUUGACACAAGUACCGACCUCCUACGCUCGUUCUUUCAGACCCGGAUUCCUUAGAUUUAGGAUUCUGGACUAUAGAACAGAGUACAUGCUUAUUCUACUAAGAUGUAAAGAAUAUAGACUACCCCUUACCCCUUUCCCACCAUGGCCAUUACGGUAUACUCAGGUAUAUAUAAGGUACUCAAUCACGAGCUCGUAUCAGGAAUCUAUCACCAUCCUAGAAAUUUAACGAAAAAGUAAAUAUGUGACAAGAGUGGGACUUGAACCCACGCGGAUUGCUCCAUGAGGAUGUAGGAAUUAAGGUGACCUUAACCUCACGCCAUAACCAACUCGGCCAUCUUGCCUAUUUUGCUUAA